GCUUCGGCCACGGUGCGAGGAGGACGAUCGCCGCCUUGUCCUCCGCACGCCCUCACUGGCUCUCUCUUGUGCUCGGAGCGGAACUAGAGGUCACGCGCAUCACCUGACCCCGUGACCCAGGUUGACCCCGUAUGGCUCUCUCUGUGACCUGACCUUGGCCGUGACGUUACCUUGAUUUGCUGGAGCUUCAGGAAAUUGAAACGGUGGACAUGAAACAGAUAAAAGAGUACAAAGAAACAGAAAAAAAGAACUGUGAAAUUAAUUAAGAAAAAGUGCCAACAAAACAGUGUGGCCAAACGAAACAAAAGUGAAACAGUGGAAUGAAACAGUGAGAUGAAACAGUGAAGUGAAUUAGUGGACCAGUGAGUAUAAAUAUUGAGCUGAGAAAGAAACAUUAGAAAACAGCGAAACUAGAGUGAAACGAAAACAGUGAAAUGAAACAGAGGUAUAAACUAGUGAAUUUAAAUACUGAUAAUGCUAAUACAUGAAACAGGAGAUAUAUAGAAGAAAAAACAUGAGUAAGACAAUGAAACUAAGAAAAAAAUGAAAGGGAAAGCCUGAAUGAAAUAUAUGAAACAGUGAAACGUAUGGGGUGAAACAAACGUACGGCUAAAACAAACGUAUGGGUGAAACAAACGUAUGGGCGAAACAAACGUAUGGGCGAAACAAACGUUGAAGUGAAACAAACGUUGAAGUGAAACAAAUAAGUGAGGGAUAAAUGAAAGCUGAAAGUUAACCAAAUAAUUAACGAAAACGAAGCAGCAAAAAAAGUGAAGUGAAACGUUGACAAAAAAAAAAAAAUAGAGAACCAGUGAAUCUUUUUUUUCCUGAAACACAAACUCGAAAAACGGGAAAAGAAACAGAAAACCACAAAAUUGUGAAAGAAAAAAAAACAUAGAGCUCAAAUGAAGAAAAAAAGGUAGUGAAGGAAACAUUGUAAAAGAAUUGAAGUGAUAAAACAGAAAAAAAAUAACUAAAAUAAAAUAAAUAAAAUCAGUGAAAAAAUUAGUCAUUCACGAGAAAAGUUGAGACAGAGGAAGUGAAAUAAAUAAAAGAAAAUGUGCAAGAGGCAGAAACGAUUAUCGGGUGAAAAGGAAUGUGAAGAAAACACGUGAAUAAGAGAGAAGGAAAGAGAAGAGGAGGAGGAGGAGAAGGAGAGGUAGGCGGGGGUAGGGACGGGGGGGAAGAAAAGGAGGAGGAGGAAGAAGAGGAAAAGAAUAAAAAGAAAAACAGCAAAGGAAUAAAAAACAACCUGCAACUUUUGGUUUAUGUAGAAGGAGAAGGAGGAGGAGGAGGAGAAGUGAGAAGAAAAAAAGAAAACAACAACAACAAAAAAAAGGACAUUCAUCUAAACUCACAAACUCAAAAUAAAUUACAAAACAACAAAAAAGAGAGAACAUCAAAAGCUUUGCAGGACAACAAGAUAACCGGAGGAUCUAGAGAGGAGAUAGGAGAGAUAAGGAGAGAGAAGGUGGUAAAUAGUACUGAGGGAGGAGGAGGAGGAGGAGGAGGAGGAGGAGGAGGAGGAGGAGGAGGGAGAUAGAAGCAGAGGUUCCCCGGAGAGAUAGCUUAUCAAGAUACCAACGCACUGCAUCGAAAAAUGGUCUAAAAUUAUUGAGGGGACACAGACCGAACGAGAUAAUUUAAUGCUUAUGAAAUCCACGGAUGCAGGUGAGAGAUAAGAGAGAGAGGGAGAUAAAAGAGAAGAAAAAAAUAACUGAAGCAGCGAGGAUCUUUGGACACCCAAACACACACACACACACACACACACUCACACUAAAAUCUGCAUAACAUCAAAAUGAAGAAGAAAACUAUACUUCAUCACCACUAACACAUCACCACUACCUUCACCACCACCACCACCAAGAUGUCCGCCGCCUCCUACCGCCUCUCCAAGUUCCUGUCAGCCUCCGAGGACCUGAGAAACGAGUCUGAGAGCAUCCUGACGCAGUGCAACGCGAGCCUGUCAUCCCCGGAGACUCUGGACGCCGCCUGUGACACCUGCAACGCGUCCGGGAUACUCAUGCUCUGGGAGGAGGGACUGUGCGACCAUCCGCCAACACCUGGGUUCGAUUCCGCCGUCUACAUCCUCUACAUCACCGUGCUGGUCAUCGCUGUGCUUGGGAACUCGGUGGUUGUGUACGUCGUGUGUUCGUCGGAGAAGAUGCGAACGGUGACCAACUAUUUCAUCGCGAACUUGGCCAUCGGGGACCUGUUCAUGGCUAUCCUCUGCGUCCCGUUUUCUUUCAUAAGCACGCUGAUUCUUAAGUACUGGCCAUUCGGGGGGACUCUAUGUGUAGCCGUGAACUACCUCCAGGCCGUGUCAGUCUUCGUUUCCGCCUACACCCUCGUGGCGAUCAGUCUGGACCGGUACCUGGCCAUCAUCUACCCCUUGAGACCUCGCAUGACACGUUGCCAGGCGAAGGUUAUCAUAGCGGCCGUCUGGAUCCUGUCACUCGCUACGACUCUCCCAGUUGCCGUCUAUUCCCGGCUGCUCACGCCCCCCAUCAAUUUCUACAGCCUCAUGGACAGGGAGGUUUGCACGGAGGACUGGGGGUCUGAGCCGAGUGAUAAUGAGUCCCGGGUAGCGUAUAGUGUGGCUCUGAUGCUCCUACAGUACUUCCUCCCGCUCACCGUGCUUGUGUUCACGUAUUCACGGAUUGCUAUGGUCGUGUGGGGGAAGAGAACGCUUGGGGAGACGCCGGCGAGGGUGGACAGGAUAGCACGGAGCAAGAGAAAGACGGUCAAAAUGAUGGCGGCCUGCGUGGUGGCCUACACGCUGGCCUGGCUGCCGCUCAACCUGUACAUCGUGCUCGCGGACGUGCCGGGCCUGCUCGACCUGCUCCCGGACACCACACACGUCCUGCUCUUCUUCACGGUUCACUGCCUGGCCAUGUCCCACACCUGCUACAACCCGAUCAUCUACUUUUGGAUGAAUGGACAGUUCCGCGCCGCCUACUGCCGCGCCCUGCCCUGCCUGCGCGGCCUGCACUCACGCAUGGGCACCUCGGAGGGCCUGUCCACGUCCCGGCUCGGAACGUCUAAGAUGGGUGACGGGCAGGUUGUUCUGGACGGGUGUGACCUGCCCGCCUCAUCCUACUACGACACCCCUGCGAUUAACCUGCAAAUCCUGGCUGGGGAGGACGGCAGGCGGGCUCGCUACCUCCACCUGCCCUAUACCCGAGAUGCGACCACCACCACCACUACCACCACCACCACACACCACCACCACCUCCAGAAGCCCCCCUCCCUCGCAGUCUCCCUAUGACGAAGAUGAUGGUGACCGUGGUGAUGGUGUACACGCUUUGCUGGCUUCCUUUCAACGUUUUGAUGGUGGUUCGGGAGCUGUGGGUGGUGGACGGGUGGCCUUACAUGAAGCAGGUAUGGGCCUUGUUCCACUGGUUGGCCAUGUCCCACACCUGCUACAACCCGAUCAUCCUCUGCUGGAUGAAUACGAAGUUCAG